GGAUUUCUUCUUCCCUCCUCCACACAUCCAAAGCUGCUGCCAUAUCUCCCCUCCCCUUGCAUCGAACCACUUCUCCUCACUGCCCUGCACCCUCGCAACGCAACUCAGCGCAGCAUGGCGUCCGAGUUGUGGCUCUCGCCGACGUCUCGCCUCCCCUCCAUCGCCAACCCGCCGCCCCGCUUCCCCUCCAAGUCCAAGCCCGCCUCCUUCCUGAUCUCUCCCUCCUCCAGCACUCCUCGCGCCCGCGCCCUCCCCGCGCCCCGCCGCAGGGUGCUCCUCCGUCGGCGCCUUCGCGCCACCGAACAGCAAGGCCAGGUUCAAGAGCAAGAUCAGGACGACGUGGUCGACACCAACGUCCUCCCCUACUGCAGCAUAGACAAGAAGAGGAAGAAGACGCUCGGAGAGAUGGAGCAGGAGUUCCUCCAAGCCCUCCAGUCCUUCUACUAUGAUCAGAAGGCCAUCAUGUCCAACGAGGAGUUUGAUAACCUCAAGGAGGAGCUCAUGUGGGAGGGAAGCAGUGUUGUCAUGCUAAGCCCUGAUGAGCAAAGGCUUUUAGAAGCUUCAAUGGCCUAUGCGGCUGGCAAUCCCAUCAUGUCCGAUGCUGAAUUUGACGAGUUGAAACUCAGAUUGAAGAAAGACGGGAGUGACAUUGUGACGGAAGGUCCCAGGUGCAGUCUGAGGAGUCGUAAGGUGUAUAGUGACUUGACCACUGACUACCUAAAGAUGUUCCUGCUAAAUGUUCCAGCCACUGUUGUAGCUCUAGGACUGUUCUUCUUCAUUGAUGAGUUGACUGGCUUUGAGAUCAAUGUGUUCCAGCUGCCAGAGCCUUUCGGUUUCAUUUUCACGUGGUUUGCUGCUUUGCCCUUCAUAUUGUUCUUAGCACAGUCAUUAACUAAUGCCGUAGUCAAGGACUUUUCAAUCUUGAAGGGGCCAUGUCCGAAUUGUGGAACUGAAAAUCUUUCCUUCUUUGGGACUAUACUGUCGGUCUCUAGUGGCGGUGAUAGAAACAAUGUGAAAUGUGCAAAUUGCAGUACCGAGUUGGUAUAUGACUCAAAAUCUCGGCUGAUCACACUUCCAGAACCAUCAAACUCAUAAGGCGAAGGAACAAGGAGCUUCAGAGUUGGUGAAUUAUGUGGAAUAAGGUGGGUGUAAGCUCAAUAAACUGCGAAGCCUGCAGCUAGUGUCAAAGACUAGACGUUUUCUGCAACUAAGAGUUUGUCAAAGGGGGAUUAGAUUAUCCAGAGCAGGGUCAAUGGACAAUGGGGAACCCCUUUGUACCGGAGUAUCAUGUUAUGGAUGAAUUGUAGAGAGUGUAUAGAAGAACCUACUAGGUAUAGCUGCUGUUGUACAGUCAGUGACUAUUAACAGUCAACGUACUACGCGUAUGUGCUCAUCUCAACUUUUAAGCACUA